AUGACUACCACAUACUUUGAGCAGUGCAAGCGUUCGUUCGCAGAUGUCCCCACGGAGGGAGGUGUUGAUACAGUCACAUUCUUGGAAGCCUGCGAGGGCCUUGUGAAGCUGUUCGACUUGCUGGGCAACUCGGCAUUCAAGGUGGUGCAGAACGAUAUGAACGGGAACAUCGCAAAAGUCAAUAAUCGCCUCAAUGCAACUGGCGCCGAAAAGUCCGGCACGCUGGAAAAGCUCGUUCAGAACGAGGGACCUGGAGGCAGCUCGAAGCGACCCGCUACCGAGGGACUCAUGUGGCUGUUGCGUGGUCUCGAUUUUACCGCUCAGGCUAUGCGCAACUCGGUGGAUAACAAGAACGAGGAGCUUGCGACCAGUUUCACCAACGCUUACAGCACCACGCUGCGCCCACACCACGGCAUGCUCAUCCGACCAGUAUUUGCGCUCGCCAUGAAAGCUUGUCCUUAUCGAAAAGACUUUUACGCUAAGCUUGGCGAACCACAGGCGAAAGUGGAUGAGGAGCUGGAAAAGUGGUUGGCAGCACUCGAGAAGAUUGUGGCUCACAUGAAGAGCUUCUAUGCCUCGGGCAAGUACGACAAGGGCUUCUAA